UUCAGAGUAAAUAAAUCAAUUCCGCGAGAGAUAGGAGAAAAAACACACACACACAACACACACUAAUACAAACAAAGAAGGGUUUAAGACGAUCUAAAGUACAUCACACUGCAGAAAAAUGGCGAAUCCUCAGCAAGCCUCAAUUCGGCCAUGGUUUCUUGAGCUGGUUCCUCUGUUGGUCGUCUUUCUCAUUAUUGCCCACGUCCUCGCUCUGGUUUACUGGAUUUACCGAUUAGCAACUGAGAAGCAACCCCAAAGAACGAAGAGGCACUGAAAAAGAAGCGUUGCAGGAAAGAACACUAAUAGGUAGUGAUAGAUUUCGAAAUGCUGCUUCACUCGGUCAUUUUAACGAACACCUGGUGGGCGCCAACUCAAAGACCGGUGCUCUCCACUCUCGUCCGCUGUUUUUCUACUUUGUCCGAUUCUUUUGCUUCCGUUUCUUCACUUGAGGCCUCCUCGCGUAUAGACGAAACUUGCAACGAUCUUCUUCCGUGGCUGGAGCACAAAGCUGGGGUCGGAAUUUCUUCGACGCUUUCGAUUGGAAAAUCAUCUUACGGAAAGGCACUGUAUGCUGCUGAGAAUAUCCAGACAGGAGAUUGCUUGUUGAAGGUUCCUUACAGUGUUCAAUUAUCCCCGAAUAAUCUACCCGAAGAAAUAACUUGUUUGUUAGGAGAUGAAGUUGGUAAUGUUGCCAGAGUUGCUUUACUUAUUUUGAGAGAGAAAGAGAUGGGAAAGGAUUCCGAAUGGGCGCCUUAUAUCACCCGACUCCCUCGGCUUGGGGAAUUGAACAACACUAUUUUCUGGACCGACAAAGAACUGGCUAUGAUUCGACCAAGCGCUUUGUACAAAGAAACCCUCAGACAAAAGACCCAAAUCGAAAAAGACUUCUUUGCUGUGAAAUUGGCUUUCAGUCAAUUCCCUGAUAAAUUUCAAGAUUUUACACUUCAAGAAUUCGCACACGCGUAUGGAUUAGUUACAUCUCGCGCAUGGGAAAGCUCAAAGGGUGUGUCACUGAUUCCCUUUGCCGAUUUUUUCAACCACGAUGGCAAUUCAGAGUCGUAUGUAUUGAGUGACGAAACCCUAAAACAUACAGAGGUUAUAGCCGACCGUGACUUUGCUCUAGGCGAAGAGGUUCGAAUAAGAUACGGGAAAUUUUCCAAUGCUACACUCCUCUUAGACUUUGGUUUUACUGUUUCUUGCAACAGUUACGACCAGGUUCAUUUUGAGCUUAACAUACCCCAAAACGACAGGCUCUACAAACAGAAGCUCGAAAUUCUCGACAGGCAUUUCACUCGAAGCGUAAAAGAUGUCAAUGUAUUCAACUCUUCUUGGAAUUCUUUCACAAUCAAGGAAGUGCCAGGUGGUGGUAGAAGAAGAAGGAAGGGGGUCCCACAAUCACUCCGUGCGUUUGGCCGUAUUCUAACUUGCGAUUCUGAGCAAGAACUGAAUGACCUAGUUACGGAAGCUGCACAAAACGACGGGCGUCUGGCGAGGUUUCCUUUGAAGAAUAGGGAUAGUGAGAUCAAAGCGCAUCGGCUUUUGAUCUUUGAAAUAUCUCGGCUGAUCGAAGAAUAUAGUAAUUGUAUAAAAUUGCUGGUGCCGAGCUGUUCGAACCUAUGUGGCGAGAGUGUGCUGAGGUGGCGGCUAGCUCAAGAACUACUUACGGGCGAGGUGCGUGUUCUGGAAUCUGCUUGUGCAUGGCUGGAGAAUUACUGCUCAUCCUUAUGAAACACAGGUAAUUCAUUCGAUCGACAUCGUUUUCUGUAGUGAUAUAAUAUCUGUAUUAAAUAUUGAUUGCAUUUGCUAUAUGUUAACACUUCGUUCUGUUGUUAUUGAUUCUAUGGUUGUUUCAAAUUAUAUUUUAAGUAAUCCCCGCAUUACCUAUUUAGUAUUAUGGGCGAAUUACGGUC